CUACGCAUGCAAAAGUUAAAGAUAGAGAGUAAUGCAGAGCUCAGUGAUGGUUGCCACGACCGACGUUUCAGCUUGGUGCGUCAUGGGUUUUCCUAGACGGAGCCGCGGUACGGAAGGUACGGAUCGUGUCACGUUACCGUGGGUGAUACAGUGACAUGGUUGGACUUUUUUUUCUGAGAUAGCGUCCAACCACGAAGGUAUUCCAUCUCUGCGACGAUUUUUUAGAAGAGGUAGAGCCAACGUUGGACCCAGCUUAACCCGCCAACUAGCUCAAGGUGGGCGUGGUACUGCAAGUGUCGCAGAUGACCUCUGCAAUCGAGGACCGCAGCUGCAGGCUGGGAGGAAGCUACUGGGCCUUCUGUUACUACCACUCUGAUAAAUUUCGUCGCUUCUCACUUUUUCGGGCAAAAACGAUGGCCCGUCACUAGAUGUCUUAUGUGCAAAAGGCAAGUAGGGGAUUACGGCCUCCGCUCGUUUGGAAUUUCUUUUCAAGAGACACUGCAACUCAGGCGGUUUGCUGAGUGAAGAGAUCCAAGCGGACGGCGUGGCAAAUUGCCGCACUGUCCGGUGUUUGCGGGGGCCUUGGGGUCUCGAUUAGUGAACCUGUGAAUUCUGAAAGCUCUACAGCUCGUCUCCCUUAUGCAUUUUACUCCCUUUCGCGUCUCUUACCGCUUAUAGUAUGCGUGUCUGUAGCCAGUAUACUCCAUAGGAUGCUGCUUUUCUCAUCUGUUGAGGUUGUCGUGGUAAAGCAGCUGGGCAACGUGGUCAGGUGCCAAGGACUCAGUGACGCACACGUCGAUUCCGGCAGAGUGUUUAGCCGUUCACCUGUGCCGUUUUCGCAGAGAGCGUUUCUAUGGGGACCGGCUCGCCGUUUCACUACGCUCCCUAGAUAGGAACGUCAGUCCUCCCACUCACGAGGCGCGUCAACUCACCAGCUCUCCAGACGGUUUCUGUCAAUCUUCCUCAGCAGGUGUCGCUCCUUCAGCUCAGCAGGGGCUUUUGAAGCAUGCUCAAGAAAGCGGAGUAGAAUGUCUGAGUUUUGCUGUUGAACAGACGAAUCUACCGCUUUCGGCGACAGGCGACGUGGAUACGGUGGGGCUGUAGGAAGCACUUGAAGAGGGGGGUUGCGAGUUUCCUCUUGAAUUUGUCAAAUGGGAAGUACACCCAGCGACAGACUUCAAGACAAACGCCCCUUCUUUCAGCGGUACGGAUCUGCCUCUCAGCGACGGAAUUGGGCACAAAGACAAGGGAAUUUUCUUUUUUUGGCGAAGCUGGGCGCCUACGAGAGAGAUGGCGUCUCCGGUGUCGUUUUUUAACGCAUCCUCUACCUCUUCGCCUUCUUUGGUGGGGUGGCGUUCUUUGUCACAUCCAGAAUCUUCAGGAGAUGCAGAGCUUGCUUUUCCCCCGGACCCGGCACGGGUCCCAGGCGUCUGGCAAUGGCAGAGCGAGGCGGGCUGGCAUUGCUUCAGUCGAAGCCAGUGCGAGGCACUCGAGGCCGGUUGGGCUGCUGGACAAGCUGUCGUGCACCUUCGAGUCGGGCCCUGGUCGUACCGCAUCGACUUGAACAACAUGCUCCAGCAGAACACUGCGACCCGCCGCAUGCGGCACAUUCGGCGGAGUUCCCAAAGCGCCGCACUGUGGUUUCGUGAAAACGCAGAUGGGACUGCGACCAGAUAUGACCCUCAAGUUGAGGCAUCCUUGGAGGCCAAGCACUGUGACUGGACUGAGCAGACAACGGGAAGUGCCGAUGGAGCGUUGAGUCAAAGUGUCUCUUCGACUACUACGUGGGAGAGCAGCGACGGGUGCAGUUACGUUGCAGAUGUGGAACGAAUGACCGAAACGUGUAUGGCGACAGGUGCCGUGAGGAAAAUCUGCCGGUGUGUCUUGAGACCGAGCGAUCGACCGAACGAAGUCCCGGUGCCUAAUAGACCAGGCACAACUUUCCCCUCUCUCACAGUGGGGAUAGGUGAAAGUGGCACAUGCAAGUGCGCAGGCAACUUGCGAGUCGUCGACCCCAAGGAUCUCGCUGACGUUCUCCUCCCUGUAGAAAAAGAGGAGGUCGUGGACGAUGUCUGCGCCAUCUGUCUGGACCCUCUAGAAGUUCCGCAACUUCCCAAGACGAGUGCGAGUGCCGCUGUUGGAACGUCUGGAUACUUGGAGGAGUCGAAGGAGGUCGUAAAACUGAAGAAAUGCAGCCACAUGUACCACCGUGGGUGUGUCGUGGUGUAUGUGUCCCGAGCUGGCAGAGGCGGUUUCGCAUGUCCCACAUGCAGCACGGUGCAGUGCACAGGCAACGGGCCGUCGCCGGCAGGAACGAUGAAGUGGCAAAUCGACCAAACGCCGAGCCUCGGGGGCUACAGCGACAGCGGGACCAUUUACGUGGAGUACGACCUGCCGAGCGGCAUUCAGUCUGCGAGACAUGCGCGACCCGGGAGUCCGUUUGCGGGAACACGACGCUCUGCAUAUUUGCCUGACACGAUCGAAGGCCGCGAGAUUCUCUCCCUCCUGAUUCAUGCAUUUGUGAAGGGACACACGUUCACAGUUGGCACGAGCCUGACGACAGGACGAUCCGAUGUGGUCGUGUGGAAUGGCAUUCACCACAAAACAAAUCGUUCUGGAGGCCCUACAGGGUAUGGAUAUCCGGACGCGUCCUAUUUCGACCGCGUUUUCACCGAGCUUGAGGCAAAGGGUGUGACCCGGGAGCUUCUGUCGACUUCCUCUGCCAACGCCACUCCUCAGUCUUCUUCAAGCCGUAAGGGGGGUCCCGAAGAAAACGGCAAAAACGAGAGUAAAGCGGACACGACAUCCGCUCUCAGAUAUAACGGCUGCAGAGAAGUGCCUAGGUCUGCAGCAGGACAGGUGCCCGCAGAUUCCGACAUUGGCGACCUGUCUCGCAAGUCCCGCGGAAGAGACAGUGCCGAAGGGUCGGGGGAAUCGUUCUCCUCCACCUAUGCGCGACAUCGCAACGGAGGCGCCGCGCCAGGUAGGACCUCAAGACGUGGUAGACGAGCUAUGAGGGGGGUAUCGUGCUGCGGUCUUUCUACUGCUGUUUCGGUGCGCACACCCCCCUUGAGGCGCGGGCUGGAGCCGGCGAGAAGGGUGACGUGCUAUUCAGUCGACGAGACGCCAGGGAACAGUUUUCCAGUUUCGCAGGCACCAGCUGAACCGCGCGUGCAGUCCAGUGAAGAGAGCGGAAGUCGGGCCGUGACAUGCAGUUCACGAAAUAGCCGGAGCAGGAGGGAGAGCCACAAGCAUGUGCGGUCACACGCGGGAGACGUGGAAAGUGGAGGAGCUGGGUUUCACGAAGAAGCACGCUUCUCGUCAAAACGCGAGGAAAGAACGGUGGGAACUGGCGAUGCUUUGACUCACGGGGAGCUCGACGAGGAAGACAGGGGAUUCAAGGGCCUAGAAUCAAACGGCCUUGCUGAACUGACGGCGACUGAAGCUGACAAGGCGCUCAAGAGAUGCCGGUCAAAUGACAUUCUAUGUGCACGGGGAGAAAACUUCCGAACACACAGAGGGUAUGUGGAAUCUCGUGAGGCGUCCAGAAAGACAGAAUAAAAGUACACCACCCGAACCCGAACGAAAGUACACAUGCACAUGACGCCUUAGCUAUACAUCGGGCUACGUGCACUAAGGGUUAUGCGAAAUGUACUCACAACCGAGUGCAUUAGAGUAUGUGAGAUAUAGGCAGGUAGAGAUAUGCUUAAACACUCUUCGUAUAUAUAUAUAUAUAUCAUUGAGUCUGUGUGGUUGCUCACGUAAACACCUGGUGAUUCUUUGAUACGCCAAACGUAAGGGGUCAAUUGAAAACGGUGCUUGCCUUCGUGUUUCGUAUCUGCAUGAUGAUGCAUUCGCUUCUGCGCGCAGAGGUGGCAGGCAGAGAAACGUCUCGUGUUGCAUUUUGUACUUCGCUAUACGCUGAGUCGGAGAACGUGCAUUCUCGUCCACGAGAGAAUUCUCUGUUCGUGACGUGAUGCGUCGGAGGCGCGUGGAGACGUGGAAACAGACCGGCCCCUGCGUCGAUUAACUACGUCGAUGGCUGUGUGCGUACCUAUUUAUGUGCACAUCUGUGUAUCUGUGGGAUCUGCUCAGUUUUUUCAAAGGUUUUUUAGUAGGGGCCUCUGUUUGAUGCGCCUCUUGCUGGAAACAUGCGGUUCUGAUGCUGUAAAACAGUUCCACGACAAUGGCGAACUGCUGCAGGUUUGACACGCACAGCUACCAUGUGUAAUGAAGUAUGCAUAUGCUGGAUUCUCAGCAAGCGGGAUGUGCGCAUGAAUCGUUAUAUUAUCGUUCCAUCUCGGUUGUGCUUUUUUGCCGCAUGUCUGUUUCACCGCUAAGACUUCCUCGAGUCUUUCGAGCCAACACACGUGUCAGGGUCAGUCAGCUUCAUCCCGAGUCGUUGAGGGAGGUCGUGUUUCUCAAAAGCAGAGCGGUCGAAUUCUGUGCUCUCCGUCAGACUUCUCAUGGAGUUUACCAGGGCCACGUUUCUUCUGGGAGAGUAUCAUCUCCGCACAAACGGCAUACAAAAAAGUUAAUUUUUCUUCUUGUUGAGCGGACACUGUAAUUCAAGCAGCGACACACAGGCGGCUCUCCUUUGCUGUUUUGUUCUGCGGUCUGUGGAGAAGACUUACUCUUUCAGACACUUCCACGAGCGGAAAUGUUGGGC